AUGGCGAUGAUGACUGGCCGUGUGCUGCUGGUGUGUGCCCUCUGCGUGCUGUGGUUCGGUGCCGGCGGAGGCGGAUGCACUGAGGGCCGGCUACCUGUUGUCGGCCCACUUGUUAAUUCUGAGAGUGGUGAUGUUGUUACCGACAAUGCCAUUGGUCAUACGGUGCCUGGCGGAGCGGGAAAGCUUUCCGCAGAGCAAACACAGCUAAACAACGUUGAGGGUUCCGCACCAAGGAAAGUGUCAUUGGAAGCUCCUUUGCAGUCUGUUUCAACGACACAGCAGACACCAUCCAGCUCCGAACAUACGGAUUCACUGACAAAUUCACAAUCAUUGCAAGAGGAGCGGCAAGCUGGAUCACCCGAUGGUUCUUCAGGGAGACCGGCGGCUUCUCCCAGUCAAGAGGACAGGAAGAAUGAAUCAAUUGGAGAUCAACAGAGAAACAAUACGCCAUCUCCUUCAAGUAACAACGAUGUUGUCAGCCGCAAGAGUGAGGAGCUCAUAGAAGAUACUCCGAGGCGUGCUGAAAUUAUUGUUGCCGCUCCUUCAGAAGAGGGGCAGGAGCCUGAAAAUGUCACUCGUUCCUUGGAACAACCUCAGGAAACUUCCACAGCCGCACCAGCCAUUACCACUCAAACAACUUCCAUGACACCGUCCGAAGAAAAUAAGAGCAACACCGUCAAAAUGAGUGAGGCAGCACCUCAAUCAGCAGGAACUACUCAAACAAAUCAUACGGCAACACCUGGCGACAGUGACGGCAGCACCGCAGCCUUCCACACCACCUCCCCUCUUUUGCUUCUUGUUGUUGCGUGUGCGGCUGCGGUGGUGGCCGCGUGA